CACCGGCCCGGAGGCGCAGGAUAAUGACGUCUACAUGUGUAGGCGGAGCCUUAUGUGGGCAUGCGCAGAAGUGACAUUGAGGCCGGGACUAGGAAUGACGUUCUUCUAAAUAGAAGAAAUGCGUUAGAUCCUCCUCCGCGGGACAGGAAGUCGCGAAGCGGAAGUGUCUGUAUCUCAGAUUAGGAAAUGAAAAAACAUGGCGGCGCCUGCACGGAAUCACGUGUGGGUCGGUACCGAGACCGGAAUCCUUAAGGGUAUAGACCUAGUGAAGAAGCAGGCUACAAACUACACGGAGGUCUCAUCCCUGAACCGUGGACAGGAGGUGCACGUCAUGUGUUUUGGAGACCCCCAGGAGUCUGAGGUGCUACUGGGGUGCAGAGAUGGCACUGUAAGAGUCUUCAACACAGAAAAAGCCAAAUUCACUGAAUUUCACGAGUGCGGAGGAGGCGAGGGUGUGUUUCGGGGGCUCGGAGUUCUAGACAAUGCUCUUAUAACUUGUGUAGAGUCAGGACUGCUUAAGGUGUGGAAAGAAGGAUCAAAUGAAAAUGUGGAGGUGCAGGUUGGUCCCGGAGUAGAGAAAAUGCGACUCUGCGAUGCCCAGCGUCACAAAGUAGGGACUGGCGGCAAAGAGAAUGACUUAAAAAUCUGGGAUUUACAGAGACCCGAAGAGCCAAUCUUCAGAGCGAAGAAUUUGAGGAACGACUGGCUGGAUCUCCGGGUGCCUGUAUGGAUUCGGGAUCUGGAUUUUAUCCCAGAGUCUGAAAAAAUAGUCACAUGCACAAGUUAUCAUCAGGUAAGGAUAUAUGAUCCCUGCUCCCCACAAAGACGACCAGUUCUUGAAGUUCUGUUUGGGGAGGAUCCAUUGACAGCUUUGAGCAUCAAUCCAGAUGGCAGAUCUGUAGUGGUUGGAAACUCUCAUGGAAACAUGGGUGUAAUUGAUCUGAGGAAAGGUCGCCUGUUGUGCGCUCUAAAGGGUAAUGCGGGUUCUGUGCGCUCCCUCCAGUGUCACAAGUCUAUGCCUGUUGUUGCAUCCUGUGGAUUGGACAGAUUCUUAAGAGUUCAUAGCUUAAAUGACAAGAAACUGUUGCAUAAGGUGUAUCUAAAGUCACGGCUAAACUGUCUCCUGCUAACCUCACGAGACAAGUGGGAGGAAGAAGACUUGACCCCAAUUGCAGACGAAGAAGUGAAAGAGGAAGAGGACGAGGUCUGGAACACUAUGGAAACGGUCAUAGACAAAAGCAGUGGCCAAAAGAGAAAAGACACACAGGACCUCACUGUGGAGGGGGGAUCAACAGGAAAGGCAUCAAAAAAGAAAAAGAAAACUGUUUAAUUUUUGUUUCAGACUUUGUUUUAUACUUUGGUGAUAAGCGGUGCCCAGAGCAGCAGGGUCUGCUCACAGAAUCACAACAGACUUCUGUUUCAUAACAUUAAUGUGACAACAGGAGAGUAAGACCUGUCACAAUGAGAGACAUCCAGCUAUUUGUCAUUGACAUUGUCCAUAAACCUUCUUGUAGAGGGAGUGCAGAAAAUGCGGGGGUUCUAGCCUCCGAGCAC